AUGAGGGUCUCGCCCUUCCUGAGGCAGGGCGGUGGGGUAACGCGUUGCAGCCCGCUUGUCGGCGUCACCCCUUUAAAACUGUUCGCCGUGCGUUCGCGCUGCUGCUGUUGUGGCUUUUCUGUGGAGAUGGCUGUCAAAAAUAAAGAAAACAUGCUUGAAGAACUAUUAAUUCAUAAGCCAGAUGAUCCCAUUCAGUAUAUGAUAAACCAUUUAAAGCAAAACAGUGAUGAUGCUCCAAGAAUUUGUGUACUUGGUCCACCUGCUUCUGGGAAAACUACAGUUGCAAUGUGGCUUUGUAAACAUUUGGAUACCAUACGUAUCUCUCAGGAGACUUUGUUAUUCAAGGAAAUAUUAACACUGACAAAGGAAGCAAAGGCAUAUAAAGAAAGAAAACAGAAAAUUCCCAAUGCGCUUUGGGCCAAUCUGAUCCAGGAACGUCUGUCAAACGUGGACUGCAUCAAACAAGGAUGGAUUUUGGAAGGUUUCCCUGAAAAUCAGGAACAGGCAUGGAUGCUCCAAUCAUCUGGCAUCAUUCCUAGGCAUGUUGUUGUGCUUUAUGCCCCAGACAUGGUGCUGAUUGAGAGGAACAGUGGGAAAAGGCUUGAUCCCUUCACAGAAGAGGUGUACCAUACGACCUUUGACUGGCCAAGUGAUCCGCGGAUACAGCAACGUUUGGUGAAACCAGAAGAGCUAUCUGAACAGGAGGUGUCAAAGAAACUGCUGGAAUAUCACAGAAACUUCCCUGAGGUUUUCCAAAUCUACCAAAAAGUUUUGAAAUCAGUUAAUGCAGACCAGCCUUCCAUCGAUGUCCUCUCACAGGUUCUUACCUAUGUCCAAACACGACACCGAUCUGCUGCCCCCUUUACACCACGGAUUCUCUUUUGUGGACCCCCAGGCAGUGGGAAGAGCCUGCAGGCAGCACUAGUAGCUCAGAAAUACAGUCUUGUCAACAUUUGCUGUGGGCAACUGCUAAAGGAAGCUGUUGCAGACAAGACAAAACUUGGAGAACUCGUUAAGCCUUAUAUUGACAAUGGAUACCCAG